AAAAUUUAGAAGUUGUUGAUAUUUUUCCUACCAAUGAGUAAUAUUAUUUUAAACUUGCGGAUUCCCAAUAUUUUGUACAUAUAGAACCAAAAACCCAUAGUUUCUAAAACUAUAAAAACCCACUAGCUAAAAGGAGAGGAAUUGGGCAUGAAGUACCAAAAAUUAAAGACAAAGUAUUACGUAGGCUAAAAGUUGCUUAAUAUGUGCAUAUUGUGCACCAUGAAAGAACAACAACAACAUGAAUGCAUGGAUUUGGGUGCAACGAUCGUAUCUGAACAAGAUUAUGCAAGUGUUGAUGCCCAUCUCAUUAUACCUGAAUGUGAUCCUUGGAAUAUUAGCAACACCAACAACGACAACCAUGAUCUUCAACCUUCGUCUUUUGUGUUAGAGUCGGCUGAAUUACAUGAAUUGGGAAAUAAUUUUAGCGAUAGUUUGUUGAAGUUACCAGAAAUUUCGCUACAGAAAAACAUCACUUAUGAAGAACAACUGUUAUUGGAUAUACCUGGACAAGAACAACUUGUCAGAGUACAAGGUUUGAAGCAAGAUCAAGACCCACAUAGUGAAGAGGAAAUGAUGGUUCAUCGUUGCCCGAAAAAGGAAAGAGUUGACCAGCUUAAACGUAGCCGAUCAUCGGAGAUUCACAAUAUUACUGAGAGGAGACGAAGAGAUAAAAUUACAGGGAAGAUUAAAGUACUACAACAACUCAUGCCCCAUUGUAAUAAGAAAGACAGAGCUUCAAUUUUAGAAGAGGCCGUAAAUUAUAUGCAAGUCUUGAAACUACAAAUUGAGACGUUAACCAAAGUCCGAGAAGGAGAUUGCCUAGCAGGGUACAUGCAAUGUGCUGGGACACCUAACAUGGUCCCACAAACAGAUCCCAUAAGAUCAAACUUUGCAUAUGGAUCAGGAUUGUGUACUACUUGUUCAUCUACAUGUAACCCAUGGGUUCAUAUUCCUACGGGUGUUCACCCGUUAAUUACACCCAUGGUUUAUCCUAGUUAUCCUUUUCCACUGAUUUGUUCGAGUCCAAGUCAAAGUCAAAGUCAAAGUUUAAAUCUGAGUCCAAGGCCAACAAGCGCGCAGCCAACUGUGCCGUGCCUUGAACGAGCCUAAGGUACGUUGCACUUGUUGCAAAUUCAGACCAUAACUACUUAAUUAUAUAUGCUCAAGGAACUAAGUCUUUGAAUGAUGUACUAGUUUUUGAACUUGUUGAGUUACUUUUAUCAUGGAGUAUACUUCUAUAUAUAUAUAUAUAUAAUACAUAAUGAAUAAAAUUCUAGUCGGUGUUUGAUUUUAUUUAUCUCUAUCAGCAAGGUCGUCAUCAUUCAUGACCUUCAGAUGAAAUAUGAAAUUUUUAGCAAUGGAUAGUCAUGUAAAGAAACCAAUUCAACCAAAAAAUUAUGCUGAUUGUUGAGAUCCCAAAAUAUGUUAUAUAUCCUAAUACACCCCUCCCAGAGAGUCCUUUGAGCUAGAAUUUUGGAUACAACAUAGGCCCUUCUUAUACCUGACACAAAAAAUAAGCUGAUAGUUGAGAUUCGACCCUGUGACUUUUUUGUCUCUUUGGCUACUAAGGGUGUUUAAGGGGCUAGAUAAUGGUUGGGCCGACCGAGCUUAAGUAAAUAUGGGUCAGGCAAGAUAAGGGCCCUUUAUAAUUUAAAUGGGCUUAAAAUAGAGCCCGGCUCAGACCAGUCCGGCCCAUUUUUACUACUAAAAAUUAUUUUAAUCCCCAUUUAUUAAUUUAUGACAAUUAAACUCUCAUUUAUAAUAAUCAAAUUGAAAAAAUAUUAAUAAUUCCAUAAACAUUGUCAUAUUUAAAUUAUAUUUUAAUUAUGUGAUUUACAAAGAUUUCGGCCUUUAUUGAGCUCUUUUGUA